CCUGUUUGGCAGUCAACAAUUCAACAUCGUGAGUUUAUACAUGAGAUAUCGUCAGUUAUUUGAAAACGUGUGGUCAAUAGCCUUACUUUAAAUUAUGCCUCCAAAGCGCUUUCCUAAACGCGAGCCAGUAGGUAGAAAGCCUCCUGCUGUUGCAAGACAAAAUUUAGAUAUUCCUGUAGUUGGAUCAUCAGAGACUCCCGAUGAUCAGAUUCAGAAAACCGAAGAAGAACUUAAUUUUUGUAUUCACCAACUGAAGCUGUCAUUGAACUCAAAAAAAUUAACUCCCAAACAAAUUGAUGCAAUUAAAAAGGAUGUCACCAUUCUUGAAAAUCCACAAGAGUUGAUGGUGAAAAAGAGAUGCAUUAUGAAAAUGAGUCUAGGGGACUAUCGGAAAAAGAUGGAAAUGGAAAAACAAAAGGUUCCCUUGGGGUUACGAAAUGCUGCUAUAGGAACGGCUUCAACAAGCACUGGUCAGUUUAUGAGGAAAUCCCACCUUGUUAUUGAUCAAGAAAAUAAAGAUAAAUUUUCUUUUCAGCAUUCUGAUAAUAGCUUUAGGUUCAAUUUUGAUAGUGGUCAAAAGGAAUGAAUAAAUAUUGUACAUUCAACUA